UGACAGAACAACUUUACAAAUGUGUAAAACAAAUACAAUAUUAAUUAUUACUAAUUUUAAUAUUUAAUACUAAAAUUUUGUUCUGUAAAUAAAAAUGAAUCUAUAUUUAUAUGGUGAUAUUUAAAUGAAAUCUAAUCUUUAAAAUCAGAGUACAAUGUAAUGGAGCAUUUGAAUAGGUUAUCUUUCUAUUUGAUAUGUAGAUAACAAUACAUAUAAAUCUUUAAAUGACAGAUGACAUUUCACUUUUUAAAUACCAAACAUAAGUAAUUUAAUCUUGGUUUAGAGUUUAUUUACAUUUAAAAUAGAUAUUAUUUAGAAUGUUAAAUAUAACGAUUACCCAAAUAUCAAAUAAAAUUGAUGGGACACAAUAUAUUUUAUAUACUGAAUGGACGAAUACAUGUUUUAAGAUCAUUUUACUUCAACCAUCUGCUGCUCCAUUAAUGGGAGAGAUGCUUACAAAUGAUAUCAAUUUUUAUUCGGAACAACAUUCGAAAUCAUUUAACGAAUAUUUGAAAGAAACCAAAGAUGCUUUUUCUGGUAAAAAUACAGAAAUACAAUACUUCCUUCAAGAUAAUAAAUUUGAAUGGAGGAAGAAUAAUAGAUGGAUUUUAGGAAAGAUUACAGUAUGUCCAAUUUCAAAUAUUAUUGAUAUAUCUGAAACUUUAUACGGUAUAUUAGAACAGCAACAACAAUUACAAGAAAUUAUUUCAAAAUUAAGAAUCGAAAAUGAUUUAUUGACUAAUACCAAAAAUGAAUUAUUCGUUAACUUAGAGAAAAUGACAAAAAUAAAAAUUGACAUGGAAAAGGAACUGUACAAAAAGUUUAUAUUAAUUUUAAAUGCUAAAAAGAAAAAGAUCAGGGAAUUAGAAAAUAGUUUAAAAAAUGCAAAACGUACGCAAAAGUCAGUAUAUGACACAAGCACAGAUCAGAGUGAAGACUCAGAUAUGGACAGUAAGAGUGCAAAAAAUGUUAAAUCAAAAUUGAAAGAAGCAGUAUCUAAUAAACGUACAGAUCAAAGUGAAGAUUCGGAUAAUGAAAAUCAAGAUUCUUUUUAUACUACUCGCAAAAGAAGUAAAUUAACUGAUAAGGAUUUUGUAAAUGAACUGGAAGCAACGACUAGCACAGCGAUUGAGAAGCAAAAUUAUUCUGAAAACACUACAAAUAAGAAAACUAACUCUGUGCUUAAUACAUCAGCAUCAAGCAAUGAAAGUGAAUGCGAACUUGUGUUAAGAAUGCCAGAGACAAAUACAAAUAAAUUGAUUUUAAGCAAUAUAGACUUUAAAGAAGAAUCGGAAGAAGAAUUAUUUUCUUAAUAAAUAUUUUUAAUGAGUUGUAUAUGUAUAUAGUACAUUAUACAA